GCUGCCACAUCCGAGCUUUACCUCCCCCUGUCAAAAUGAGAACAGAUGCAAAAUCUCCUCUUUGCUCAAUGAGGACAUCAUUCAAAGCUAUCACAGCACCGCUGAUAUGCAGGAUGUCUCAAGAACCAGGGAAGAAACUCAAGUGCUUCGAUCACAUUGAGAGAGGAUAUCUCAAUCCAUGGGGCGAGUUUCCAACCUGUCUUUAUGAUCAGGAGUCUACUAUCAUAUCAAACUUUCCUCAAAAGAACCAGCUGCGCCUGAAUGGCCUAAAAUCCCGACAAAGGAGUGACUUUACUUAUUUGAAGGCCAUAACUCUGAAAUAGUGUAACUAUUCAUACAGGCCCUGGACAAGUUUUUGCUGUCCAACAUUUGCUGAAAUGAGAAUGACAUACCCCUUCAACCAUUGAAAAAGCCUCCAUUGGAGGCGCAUAGAGAGUGGCUGCCUGAUAGCUAUAAACCACAAGAUGUUGCUCUGCGACGAAUCAUUUCAAAAUGGACUGACUUGACUGCUUUUUCUUGCAAAAUGUAUUCUAACCAUCUCAUAUGCCCUACUGUCAGCAGCACUUAUCAUGCUAAGUACAGUGCAUCUUAUCUUGCUUACUGUUCACUGCCUUCAGUCUCACUGUUUAUCUGAGAUAUCAAUCUUUGUUCUCUUUAUCUGCGUCAAUGCUGUCAUCAUUGGCAUUGGUCUAUCAGGCUUAAGAUGUGCGGGUGAGAAGCUCCUUCUACUGAGAUGGUGAUGAUAAAUGCUAAAUGCUUGUUUCAGAUACACCAGCAUUCUACUAUUUCUUGAGAUUAUAUGAUCCAGCAAACCAAAAUUCAGGCUGGACCACUUACAAACGCCCUGCUGCAUUGAUUAUUUCUAGGAUAUGGUUUUCUGUCCCCGGUGAUAAAGCUCGGGUUGAUCUUAUGAUGUGCUCUUCUCCCUACUCUUGAUAGGCCUUGUGCUCAUUGAGUUAGCUCAGUCAUCUACAAGGUGUCGGUGAAAGAUACAGGUGUGAUCAUGUCUAUUGACUACACAGUACUUGUGAUUGCCGGUCUGCUUUUUUGGCAUGGAAUUCGCGGUAUAUCAUCUCAGGGGCCUGUAAUCUGUGAAGUUACAAUCCAUGCACUUCUUGUUCUUGUAACAGCAGGGUUUGCUGCAGGCAGACUCUUUCACAACUGACCCCUUUCAAUCCAAGUGAUGCUGAUUACCACUAUUGAUGUCUACAUGACUUGAAAUAUUUCCACUCAGCCUGGGGAACUAGGGAACACUAUGCCGUUACAUGGCUUCCCAGACAACACUUCCAAUAUUUCCUAUUUCUAAUUGCAUUGGAAUGUGGCUACCUGUGAAUACUAGUCAGUGUAGCAAGGCCCCAUACUCUUCUAAAUUUACUUGCUUCUA